AUGGCGCCUCGGGAAGCGACGGGUACUUUCCCGGAUCAGUACCUGACCUUCGAUUACGAGUCUGCGGUUCCUUUAGGAGUUCCUCCGGUAGCGCAGGAUCCCGUGCACGACGGAAUCGAAGGUCACGGAGCGGAUCACGGGGAGGAAGGCCCGAGCCCUUCCCUCGUAGGGGAUGCGUUGAACCCCGUAGGAACGGGUACUCCUGCUCCCGCCGAACCGUAUCGCACGGUUUCCAACGAAGCAAUUGAUCCCUUGUCCAUUGAUCCCACCAGUGCUUUAGAACAACAACAACAACAACAACAACAACAACAACAACAACAUCCCGAUACGUGGGGAAAUGGUCCCGUUGCGGAGGAAGCGUUGGAAACUACGGAGUCCCGUCCCCCAAUGGCGGUUGGACGUCCCUUUUCGUCUGGCUCGUCCGUUGGAGCUCCUGUUGUCUCCAUGGAUCUCGGCAACUCGGUCGAAGACACGGCGUCGGAAGGACCUAUCAGCACCGGUUCUACUUAUCUCAACGCAUUCACGGCCCCCCAUUCUCCCCGUUCGCUGGCAGUCUCGCCUCUGACAACGCAGAGUCGUGUCGGGACUCUGCGUGGAUUGUUGCCCUUCCAGUCGGUGCUGGACGCAACGUUGGCGCUCGACAGUGACGAAGAUGUGCUUGAUCACGACGCUCCAGCUUUGGAAAGCACGUUUGACAGUGUCGCGAGUUCCGUCGAUGAAACGAACGGCAACGCGUGGGGCGAAUCCCAUUUGGUGGAGGAAUCCUUCGAUGAUCAACAGAGUCACGCGGCGUCCGACGAUUCCUCACUCCAACACAUAUUCCGCAACGCCGCCUUUGAUGGGGACGAAUCGGCCCCCGCCACACCGCUCAACGUGCCGACCAAUAUCAAUUCACCGUUGUCUCCGAAUUCGAUUAUGCUUUCCUUCGGCGAAGACACUACCGUCAACGAUCUCAAGUACUUUGCGGAACGGGGCUGCAUUGUGCCUCUGUUGGAAGCCUUGAAUACCACACGACUCGUGACACUCGGUACCCGCAUGCUGGCGGAUUACGCAAAAAUGGCGCAUCGACGAGCCGCCGUUGCGUCCAACCGCCGAAUUCUACAAUUUGUACAACACGUCAUGUUGAGUUCGUCGGUGGACGGGUUGGGAAGAGAGUACGCGGUCGAAACCAUCCGGAGCUUGACGGCCACGGAAGCCAGCGAUGCCUAUCUAAUGCAAGCACACGGGUUACUGAGUACCUUGGCGCUAGUCGCGCGGGGUGGACCCUUUGCCCGGCACGUACAGGAAAACAACGUGGUGUACACCGUUCCGUUGGCUUCGGAAAAGGCACAGCUGCACGCAUGUAUCGCGAUCAUGAAUCUGAGUUGCGGCAAGGGGAACAAAAUUGAAAUUGCCAAAAUUCCGAACGUGCUAGAGUCAAUGCGAGACGUCAUGCUCAAUUCCGCGGACGAGGCACGGCUCAAGGCUACGACGUGCGUCAAGAACUUGAGUAACGCGGACGCCAACGACGCGGCGUUGUUGGGGACGCCGGGAUUGGUGGAAGCCUUGGGACACGUGGCGGCAUUUACGUGCUCGCCGGAAACAGGAGCGACACCGUGCACUACCAACGCAUGUUUGUCCCUGAUGAAUUUGUCCAUCUCCAAAGCCAAUAAACAUCGUGUGUUUCGGACUCGAGGUGUCAUGGAUGCUCUCAUGGCGGUUCUGGAACGUACCACGGCUCAAGGUUCGUCCACCGAAGCACGCAUUAAGGCGUGCUCGGCUCUUUCCAAUUUAGCGAUUGGCUACGACAACAAGAUUCCCAUGUUCCAAUAUCCCGGAUUUGUGGAAUCCAUCUUAAACGUGAUUCAAACCGAUAGCGGUGAAGCUCGAACUAAAGCCUGUUCUAUUCUUUGGAGCUUUGCGGCUGAAAUGAAGAACCAGAUCCCGGUCGUGCAGCGACAAGACAUUUUGCCAGUUCUCGUACAGGUUGCUGAAGAAGACGGUACAACGGAAGCUCGUUUCAAAUGCGUAGCCGCUCUUACACUUUUGGCGGAAUCUCUACAAAAUGCCGUUCCCUUGCUGGAAACAGGCGCGCUACCACCCUUGAUGGAUAUCUUACAUCAUGCGGGACCGGAUCCCACUCAAUGGAAAGGACAGACCGCAUCUUGGUGCGUUGGCUUUCUCAUGAACAUAGCCCAGAGCGACGAAGCAGUUCUGACGCUCCGUGAAUCUGGUGUGGUAGAAUUGCUAGCACCACUACUGACUUUGGACCACUAUCAGAGUCUGAAGGCGGCAAUGGCCGUCACCUUUUGCUGUCGAUAUGAUGAAGGCGAUGAGUGUUACGAUUUGCUACGAAAAACAGAGAAUGUGAUUCCCAAGAUCAUCUGUCUCUUACACAACACUCUGUCCGGUCGAGGAGGGAACGGAUAUAAGUAUGGCGUCUUCACUCUGCGCUCAUCUGUUGGUUGCAUUGCAGCACUUGCAUCCGGUCCUGACUUUAUGAAAGAAAGAAUAGCAACUGGUCCUGUUUACGAAAGCCUUCUCAGAGUGGUAACAGACUUUUGUGUGGAUGGUGGUACUCCCGGUGCUAUUGUGGGUGGAGGGCGCGAUGACGCUUUGAGUGCGACGCUAGCCAUCCGCGCUUUGCAAUCAUUGACAGGUCAUUUGAUUCCUAUCGCGGGAAGUAGUACGCUUCCUUUUGGCCCCAAAUUUGACGAUCGAUUGCUCACGGCUCUGGAGGAAUUUGAGAAAUACGCUCACCCUGAUUUGAAGCAGGAAACGCGAGAUCUCGCUACGGACGCCAAGAUCCGUAUCCAAGGAGGUCGUAAGACGGAAAGUCCAGGGAUCAAGUAUUUUCGUGACAACGAUGGGGACGUUGACAUGGAUGUCGCUUCAUUUGGAAGCCACUGCUGCGUGUUCGAGCAGAUUCCUGGCUUUGGGGAAGACUUCUUGCAGGCGUUAACGCUUCCGUCUUUGAACGAAAGACAGUGUUCGCCUCCGAUUGCUCCAGCUCCAAGUAUUGUUGAAAAUGAGUCAGACGACGAGCGACCCGUCCGUACGUUCCUUUUAUCGGAAAUUAGUACUGGUCGGCGCUUUGUUGUUCCGUCUGAUCCUAGUGGAGGACGUGCAUUCAAUGACAAGCGAGAAUGGUGUUAUCGACGUGGUCGGUUUUGUACACAAGGGGAAACACCAGAUCCGAACUACGCGUGGACAGCCGAAUUGCAAAUGGCCUACGAAGCAAUUCUUGUUGGUUGUGAUACUGCUUCAUCCUCCUCAUCGUCUAUAUUGGACGAAGGGAUCCAAGGGCAAUGAGUACUAUGAGAACUCAGCAACAAUAAGGCCAUAGUAUGCAGAAAUAUUCUAAGGGUUAUAAAGCUUUAUAGAGCGUCAAGUUUUUCUCUUCUGCAGGUUUAUGCUCGCCUUGAAGUGUUCUUAAUGUUGCAUUAGUUGGAGUACGUUCUGCACCGCUCGCCUUGAUUCUCAAACAAAAGGGUAAUUUUCAAUGAGGCUUAUUCCUUGUGAAUGAUAGGAUCCAAAGAGCAACUGCACUAUUUUCGUUCGCGCUCUGUUCCUUGACAACAUAUUUCUAUCUCUUUUUUAUGUUUCACAGAUUAACAAAAUCGACACAGUGCAGUCGCAAUGUAUGAAUCAUUGCGCCAGGUACUGCUUCUACUGUCGCAGACUCGUUUCCUUCCUUCUCGAACCUUUCAAGAGAGCUCGAAUCUCUCGCGAAACUCCGCUGGCUUGUGCCAGAAUCACAGGCUCUUCACCCCAGGCGUUCUUGGCGUGAAUACUUUCGGGAAAUUUAUCCACAAGUAGUGUAAUAACUGAAGAUGCCGCAUUAUAUCGACAAGCUUCGUGCAAUGGCGUAUUCCGCAUGCUGGUCAAGGCUCGGACAGAGUCUGGAGCUGCCUUGAGGAGAGCCUUGACAAUGGAAUUCUUGCAUCUGUGCGUUUGCACCGCCAAGUGCAGCGGCAAGAAUCCUCUAAGGGGUACUUCGACAACUUCGGGAUUGGCGUUGCAUAGAAUCUUGAUGACUUUGACGGAUGCUUUGGGGUUCUGCACAGCCACUGCCAAAGGCGUUCGUUUACUGGCAUCCAGAACUUGGCAAGCCUGGUAAGUUGCCAGUGCUUCCAGGGUUUCGAUUGAGUCGGCGAUUCUACCGGACGCGCAGAGUAGAUGCAAGGCGGUCGCUCCGAAUUGGGUUAUCAAUGCCGAAGACACCUUGGCUAAAGGGGACGCCAUCAAGAUCCCUGUCAACUGAGGCGGAGUUCUGAACAAUGCACAGCAGUGGAGAGGCGAUAAUCGUUCGUUGUUGGUAAUCAACACUGGCGAAGCUCCUUCCUCCUUGCCGGAUCCAACCAGAAGCUCGGCAAGCUUGGUAACGUUCCGACCCAGAUAGCGCUCCCUUUUACGCAAGUUCUUG